CGGGGACAGACCAACAAGGCAAUGGAAUGAGGAAGAAAAGAUGGCUACCCGAAAAGGUCUCUCGUUGAUUGCCGGCCUUAAAGGUUCCGUUUUCCGAAAUAAGAAAGCGACUGUCCGUAAUCAUUCCGCAAACAAUAACGACCACGUAUCGUCAAAGUAAAAUUUUCUGGCCAGCUUGAACGGAAGACCAGCCGAUGGCAAUGGCGUCCGGAAGAGAAGACUUGCCGCAUCGUCAACUGGCGGACUUCAACAACAGUCUGACGGCCGACACGCUUGUAGUCUUCGACGAUCAUAACAAAUCCGUGCCCGACAUGUUUGCGCACAGGGAUAUUCUGCGUGGUUGGUCACUGUUCUUUGACGCAUACACGAACUUCGUCAAAGAGAAUAGCAACCACCAGGCCAUGGAACAAGAAGACGACGACGUCUCGGAAGAGUACACCUUCAUUGACGGCCAAGAGGAGAAUGAGAGUGAAAGCGAACACGGAGGCGAGAGCGAGGCUGCAAGUCUCAGGAAAACACUGAAAUUCCCUUACCGCAUCGACGUGCAACACAUCACCGACGACCAGGAGCUCUUCCGCCGCUUCCUUCUCUUCCAAUACACACGCCGCCCGGACGAUCUCAACCUGGAUCUCUCGCGCUUCUUCACCUGCAUCGCGCUGGACCACAAUGCAGAAAGAAGCGGCUACAGGCCUCCACGCGGCGAAGACGGCGCUGGCGGCCUUUUCGAAGCCGCCGUGUAUUGGUUCAAGAAAAUGCACUGGAUUGUGGAUGACCAAUGGCAUUGCCGAUACCCUUUGCAGGCCAAACAGCGAGCAAAGGCCAAGACUUACCGUCUGCCCUGGUCACCUGCUGACGCCCCAAUCCCGAUUUACUGCUCUGAAUGCAACACCGACAUCCAAGGCGGCGAACCCGCGCUCGUUACCCAUCUCGCAGCUCACCGCGUUGCCGAACACUUCUUCCUUUCGCUCGCUAUCCCGCCUCUGUGGAUCCUCGCGGCCCAGAACAUCGAUAUGACCUACGACGCCCGCUCCUUGAGGAAACGCGUGAAUGAAAUUCUUUUCAAGACACGCCCGGACAUCACCCCGACGAGUCUCAAGCAGAUGGUCUCGAUGGUCUGUUGGUUCGUGCAGGAGGCUAGACGUGUUUCUGUCGGCUUUGCGGAUCUGGAAGCAUGGCGAGCGGCGGUUGCAAGUCGUGUAUGGUGCCGUAUGAAUGGAGAUAAAGAUUGCGAGAUUAUCGAGGGCGUAGGGGGGCUUACGGAGAGUGGGUCGGUUGUAUAUAUAAGGCAAUGA